AGUGACAGUUUUAGAUCUAACCUAGCGUGUUUGUGUUCAGUUUAUUGAGGGUUUAACAAGAAAAAAUCCUAUUUAGAACAAGUUUACAAAUAUGAAGAAUGGACGAUAAUGCGAAGAACGCAUCUUCGUAUCAUUUGGACCAGGAAAUACUCGACGCACGUGGUAUCAACAUGACGGUGGAAGAGGUGGCUGGUUUGCCAACAGGGAAGUACUCUGAGAGGGUGCACGCGCUAAAGCUACCUGAACAAGACCUGGCCUUCCUCAAGGGGCUGCGGAGGAGGAUCAAAAAUAGGCUAGCAUCUCAGAACAGCCGGCGUCGAUCCAUGGAGCACCUGCGUCGCUUGACCAGGGAACUGCGCGUGGUCAGGGCUUGCAGGAACGACGCGCUGGCCGAACGGAAGGUGCUGCUCAUGCAGAGAGAUGAGAUGAGGGAGAAGUGCCACAAGCUGAGACACCAUGUCGCUGAGACCCUCAGAGAUCGCUUAGAUGCAACCGAAGUGCCAAACAUGGACGUGACCAUAACAGAAUCUCACGCCGAUCUGCCCAAAGACACAAUCAAAGACAACGCAAGCGUAGACCACGACCAAACCAUAGACAAGAACGUUUUCGAGUGCCGAAUAGACAAACUAGUCCAGAAGAGCGUCAACCACAUGUUCAACAAUAAUAUUAGUAAAAGGAAGAUUUUUGCCAAAACCAUUUUUAUUGGGGACGAAAAAAAAUCUUCGUUUUUCGAUAGUCCCGAAUUCUUUCGCGGGAGGACUUCUUUGUUUGCUAAAACUGAUGUAGAUAAAACAGUUGAAGAUGUGGGUAGUUUGAAAACUUUGGGUGAUAAUAGGGUAUUGAAUUUGUCCGUGAAAAAUGAGGGUAGGAGAAGCCAUGGGCGCAAGCAGUCUGCGCCAAGAAGAAUAGCGUAUGUGGAUUAUGAUGUUUCAGACUGUGUUUUGGAUCUGAAGAUCAAGAAAGAACCACAGUGACACAGAAAAAGGAGACGUAUUCCUUAUGAAUAAGAGGCGAUUAUUGCUUGGCAAAAGAAUCUGAUGUUUCCAAAAUUUUUAAGGAGUGUUUUAGCCAAAAUAUAUAUCGUCGUGAAGUCUUAAGCGUAUGUACAGACCAAAUACUAUUAUUAUAUUGCGGUUGCAAAGUAAUUUAGACUUUAUUAUGUAAGCGUUAACGUCCAUUGUACCACGGUUUUUAUCAUGUCUCAGGUUGGACCUAACUUUUUAAUGUUAUUAUUAUUGUUUUUUAUGCAAAAAGAGAAAGAUGGAAAUUUUCCAAAAUUUUUAUAUGAUAUUUAUACUAAUUUUAGAUAUAUAAAAUAUAUAUUAUUCUAUAUAUACAAUAUACAUUAUUAUAUCCUUUCGUGUGAAGGGUAACGAAAAUUUUUGAAUCUACAAUAAUCACAAGUCAUGUUUAAAAUUUCAAUUUAUUAGUAACUUUUGUUUUAAAUUAAAUUUUAAUAUGUCAAUGCCAUUCCGUUUUGUUGAAACAAAAUGUAUUAAUAUUAAACAUUAAUUUCUACUAACAAAAAGUAAAUAAAUAUAAUCUUAAAAUAGAUAAAAGGUAUUUUCGGAAUUCAAAUUUUGAUUUUGC